AUGGCGUCUGCAAACGUUACUCUGGAAAAUCAGCUGCACAGUGCACAGAAAAACCUGCUCUUCCUCCAGCAGGACCACGCCAACACGUUGAAGGGACUGCACGCCGAGAUACGCAGGCUACAGCAGCAGUGCACUGACCUGACAUAUGAGCUGACUGUGAAGACUGGUGAUCCCUCAGACAGUGGGGAGGUCCGGUGCAAAGAGCUGCAGAGGAGGUGUGAGGAGCUGGAGGCCGAGCUGAAGAAGAAGGAGGAGGAGAACACUGAGCUGCUGCGCGACCUGGAGCAGAAGAACGCCAUGAUCUCCGUGCUGGAAAACACCAUUAAAGAGCGCGAGAAGAAAUACCUGGAGGAGCUCAAGAUGAAGAGUCACAAACUGGCUGUUCUGUCGGGCGAGCUAGAGCAGAGAGCCAGCACCAUCGCAUACCUCACCGCGCAACUCCACGCCACUAAGAAAAAACUGUUAGCUGGCAGCUCCUCCGAGGCUAGUCCCAACGUAAGCCCUGUGUCGUCGUACAAGCCCACCCCUCCGCCGGCCAAAGACAGGCAGCCCGAGACCCCGCGGCGCCGCAUGAAGAAGAGCCUGUCUCAGCCACUGCACCCGGAGCUCACAGAGGUGUAUCGCGUCGGGCAGGAAGGCCGGAGGGUGGUGCUCCGCGAGUCCCUGGACGCCAUGCCCGACCCUACGCCCUUCCUCCAGGCCGAACCACAGCUGCUGCGUGAACGUCCCGCGGUCAUCCCCCCCAUAGCACCUUCGGGCUCCGCUGCCGGCGUCAGUCCUCGCCACAGCCCGGCGCGAGACAGGCAGCACCGCGCACACGUGGGGGUGGCGCACCGCAUUCCCCACGGAGCACCUCCCCCGUUCGCCCCACUGCAGACGGAGCUGGAGACGCUGGCGGUGGACCAGGUCGCUGAGGAUAAAGUGGUACGUAAACGCUCAGGUGUGGAUCGGACGGUUUGA